UCUGCACAGACGAGCGGGCUAAGGGCGGCAACACAUACAAUCAGAAGGCGCUGCUUGAAGACAAACAUUGUUACGUUGGAUUGACCUGUUACGAUAAUCUCCACCACGGACUCUGGGCGCUUACAACGUGAGAAGAAAAAAAGGCUGCAGCGUAAAUCGGACACUCAGCUCUUAGAAACUUAGUUAAAACUUUAUUAAAAACAGAAGAUCAUCUCUCGCAGCUGCAGUAGCGACUCCCCUGCCCUGCCCCAUCUGAUACCGUGCAAAUCUGUCCAUCACUGACACCACGAGACGUUUACAGGAGCGUGGAAAAUCGAAAAGAGGGGAAAAGACAAAGAGAGGAAGCUGUAGAGAGUAAGAGCAAGCGUACAGAGAAGGGAGGGAGAGCAGAGGACAGGAUGGACGCCCUGGUUCCUGUGCUGAAGCGUCACCCAGGCAAGUCAGUGCUGGUGUUCGCUCUGAUUUUCAAGGUGAUCCACCGGUUGCUGCAAAGGCUGCCUGUGCCCAAAGUGGUGAAGCAGGAUGACUUUAAAUCCUGGAAGUGGAAGAACCUCUCCGUCUCAAUAGUGCACUCCCUGCUGACUGGAUCAUGGGCCCUGACCUGUGUGCUGGUUUGGCCAGAGACGUUGAGCAACCUUCACUCUUACCACACCCCUCUGUCCUACCUGCUCGUCUGCGUCUCAACAGGAUACUUUGUGCAGGAUGCGGGGGAUAUUAUCCUGACAGGACAUGCAAGACAAUCAUGGGAAUUCUUACUCCAUCAUGUGCUGGUGAUCUCGUGUUUCCUGUACGCCGUCUUCACUGAGCUGUAUGUAGCCGGCGCUGUAGUCGCUCUCUUUGUGGAGGUCAACAGUGUCACCCUGCACCUGAGGCUGAUGCUGAAGCUGGCGGGCGCUCAGGCCUCCUCCUUCUACCACAUCAACAAACUCAUCAACAUCGUCACCUACUUGACGUUUCGCCUGGGCACCCAGUUCUACCUCACCUGGUACAUCGUCCACAACUACACCUGGCUGGACCAAGGUUUAUUCUUCCUCAUCUCCAUGAUGAUGAUGAAUGUCAUGAUCAUGAUUUAUUGCUACCGCCUACUACGUGCCGACUUCUUCCCCUGGAAUAAGAGACCUGUGAGGCUGAACGGGACGCAGAACAACAAUUCUAAAAAGUUUCCCUGUGAUUGACUGGGGAAGGUUUACGGACCUAUGUUGUAUUUAGAGUGAGAGUUCACACAUUAUGCAUUUUUCAAACUGACCCCAUUCCUAGUGACGACAGGUUCACUUGUUGUGUCUCACUGCCAAAGAGAUUUUUUAUUUUUUAUUUUUGUUUUGGUGGGACAAGGUCCAGUCUUGUUCGGAAAUAGAUUAAAAUAGAUUUUCAGUAUUAUAGGCCUAUUGUGUAAAGGAAUAGGUUGACAUUUUUAUCGAAACAUGCUUAGUUGUGUUCUUCACAAGAGUCGGAUGAGAAAAUUCAUAACACUUUCAUGUCUGUUUAGAAAUUAUGACGGGUCAGCCAGUGAGCUAAGCUUAGCACAAAGGCCGAAAACAUGGGGAAACAACUAGCCUGGUUCUGUCCAAAGAUUUAAAAAAAUCCUCCUGUAAAACUUGUUUUAACUUCUAUGAUUGUACGAGUCAAUAAAAAGUAUAUAGCCUACAAACUGUUAAUUGAGCUUAGAGGUGUUGGUAGAUUUUGUUGUCUUUAGAGAGAGCCAGGCUAGCUAUUUCCCUAUUUCCAGUCUUUAUGCUAAGCUAACUGGCUGCUGGCUGUAGCUGUAUAUUUGUAAUUAGGCUACAGACAUGAGAGUUGUAUGUUUUCAUGUAACUCUCAGCAACAAAGUAAAUGCAUUGCCAAUAUUUCCAUAAAUGCCAAACUAUUACUUAAACAUUCAAUUUUAGCAUCAGUACAACCUGAAGGAAUAUUUACUUCCUUGACUGAUACCACACUAAUAUCGGUACACUAAAUAUGACGCUACAGCCAGCAGAUGGUUAGCUUAGCAUAAAGACUGGAAAUUGGGAAACAAUAGCCUCAUAACAUGCAAAUGAGGACAAACAAGAUAUAAAGUGUUAAUUUGUGAGAUUCAGAGGUGAGAGACAUAAUUUAUUUGCCUUUGCACAGAGCUAUGUCACAGCAACAGACUCUCUCUAUGAUGUCAUCUGUGGCUGAAGAGAUACUGGGCGGUGACUGAACUGGUACAGGACUAACGGGUAACAAACAGGAAUGUAGGGCAAAGUAUGGUCCUCAUAUGAAACCUGUUGUAAUUAGAGAGAAGUGGGCCUGAAGCUAGAUCUUUCUAACAGUUUGAUAAUUGAGCUCAUCCGGAGGUGGGCAUCAUUAGAAACCCUUCACUAUGAGCAGGUAGCACAACGAUCAAUACUGAUAUUGAUUUUCAUCAGUUAGACUAGAUGUGGAGUGACAGAAAUGAUCCCCACAGUGUGUAACAUAUUGCCUUUAACAGAAUAGAUCCUUUUAUGAUAUUCUUCUCUUCCUCCUCUUUCCUCAAAAUGGACAUGAAGCAUUUUGUGCAUACUAUCCCAAUCUCCACACUCUCAGACUUUUAGGCGCGCCAGCAUAAACAGGACUGGAUAAAUGAGACUUGGAUUAUAAUGCACAAGUUAUGUGAGAGUUAGUAAACGGAUGUUUUGAUAUUGUCUUGCGGUUGUUAAACGUGGCCUGAAUUCAAGGUAACGGGGUGCGUAGUUGAUCUACGAAAUGGUCAGUUUGUGGGUGAAGUGCUCCUUUAAAUGCUCAUUUCCUAAUCAUGCCAUAAAUCACCAGUGCUGACAGUGUCAUUUAAAAACCUAAUAAGAAGUGCAUUUCACUUUCAAUUUCAGCCAACUGCCAAAAAAUCGAAUAGUUUAGAUAAGUUCAUACCUGUGCAACAGUGCCUUUACCUCGGUGCCUUUUCCAAAAGACCAAAGCACCGAUACUUUAUGAAUAAGAAAGAAAAUACAUAGUGCAGACUGACAUCUGUUACUCUUUGUAAAAGGUGAGCCAAGUGGAGAGAUUUUUGACACCAACGUACAGUAAAUUCUGUAACCAAAUGUAUCUUGUAUUAACAUUUUUUUAAGAGCCCCUGUAUUUUGGAUGGUUUAGUGAUACCAUGAUAAAAAAAAAACAUUUUAAAUC